AUGUUCCCUACAUUAUUAGUCCUGCUCUCAGUGGCAACUUUAGGUUGUGCAUUGCAUUGGCCGAUUGGACCAGAAUUUCUAUUGAAAAAAGGACCAAUAAACAAUCGCAUCGUUGGAGGAGAGGACACAUCGAUAGAGACAAUACCUUGGCAAGUUUCGCUGCAAAGACAAGGAUUGCAUGAUUGUGGUGGCGUUAUUUACAGCAAAAACAUCAUUAUAACAGCCGCCCACUGUGUUUGCGAUAACAAUGCCAUGAUUCUUGAUCCCAAGAUUUUUGAUGUGCGCGUUGGCAGUAGUACCACAGACAACGGUGGAUCAUUGAAUAAAGUUGCCAAGAUAAUCGUGCAUGAUCGCUAUAGAAUUAUAUAUAACUAUAUACAGGAAUACGACAUCGCACUAAUUUUGCUAAGUUCGCCCCUUGAAAUGGGUCCAACUGUCAAGGCCAUUCCACUGGCAGACUCGGUUCCUAAUGACGGAGCUGCUGUGCUUGUCUCUGGAUGGGGAUAUACCGAAACUGGAAAGGCUCCGCUCCAUCUGAAAAGUGUCUAUUUGAACAUUGUAAAUCGCGAGCAGUGCGCCAGGAGGCAUGUAAUGCUUUUAAAAGCAACAAUAUGUGCUACUUCCCCUUGGAAAAGUGCGUGCAAUGGAGAUUCUGGUGGACCAUUGACUUACAAUAGUAAACUUGUGGGCAUUGUUUCUAUGGUGCCUCGUCCUUGCGGUACACCCGGUAAUCCCGAUAUCUAUACAGAUGUUGUAGAGCUUCGCAAAUGGAUUGAAGUGGAAGCCACAAAACUAAGCUCAAAUUGAGACAUUUGUGAAUUAAAUUGCAAAAAUAAACGUAAAAUGAAUAUUAA